CACCGUUGCCAUGGAGAGGAGCUUGCACGAGAGAUACAUAGACGGCGUAAAAUUACACAGGGGGAAGAGAAGAAGAUAAACGAUGAAAACCGAUAAACAGGGACACGAGCAAAUGUGCGGAAAUCCAGAGCAGCCACAUACAGCGAAUGAAAGCGAAAAAAGAAAGUUAGUGAGCUUCUCUGAUAGUUUAAAAGUGAGUUCAGCGGAUGUGGAACAAAACCACACGGACCUCGAAGAGGAGCAGCCCGGGAACGAUGACAUUUACGAACUCCCCACACUUUUUAGCUUAAUUGUACAGAGGUAUGAAGGGGAAACCUGGGAAGGCCAGUUUCAUGGAGAAGGGGUUGCUUGUUUUGAAGGAGGCCAAACGUACAAGGGGAUGUUUUCCAAGGGACUUAUGGAUGGAUGUGGUGUCUUCACACUGGCAGGCGGAUUGAAAUAUGAGGGAGAAUUUGUGUGUAACAUGCCCAUGGGCCUGGGUACCUACACCUGGCCGGAUGGCAGCUCCUAUAAGGGGGAAGUGUACAAUGGUAUACGACAUGGGACUGGAACCUACAAAUGUGCAAAGAAUGGUGUGUCAUACACAGGGCAGUGGGAUCAGGGCAAGAGGCAUGGAAAGGGUGAAGUGUAUUAUAACCACGAUAAGACCUCUUGGUACAAAGGAGAUUGGGUGAAGAACAACAGAGAGGGAUGGGGAGUGAGACGCUACCCCUCUGGUAAUAUGUACUCUGGGGAGUGGAAGAACAACCUGAGACAUGGAGAGGGCACGAUGAGGUGGCUGAAACUGGGACAGCAGUAUGUUGGGAUGUGGCAGAAUGGAGUCCAGCAUGGACGAGGCACACACGUCUGGAUCCCGAGGCCAGCGGAUGGAUCCCUGUAUUCCCAGAGCAAUCAGUACACAGGGGAUUUCGUUCACGGUCAGAGGCACGGACAGGGGACCUUUUACUACGCUGGUGGUGCGAUCUAUGAAAACGGAUGGAGGAAGAAUAAAAAACAUGGGAAGGGAAAAUUCACUUUUGAGGAUGGGCAUGUUUUUGAAGGAGAGUUUGUGGACGAUCUGAUGAUGACGCACAACCUGAAUGGAAACAAAGCUCCCACUCCUCUGUCUGGUUCAUCUGUCUUAGAACCAUGCAUCUCUUUGGACAUUGAAUGUCUUUUGGAGAAAAUCCCUGAGAGAAAGCGUGACACUGAGCGUAAACAGGUGGAGUUUGAGGUGCUGAAGCAAGACAGUGAGCUGAGGUCCAUUUAUAGUUUCUACAAAAUACUUGGCCAUGCCCACUCCUCAAAUAACAUCUUCCAGCUGUCCCGCCUGCAGCUCUGGCGCCUUCUCAAAGACUGUAAAAUCCACCAUUACAACAUCACUCUGACACAGAUAGACCAUAUGAUCAGAGAGGAUGCCACAACAGCAGAGAUCCACUCUCCUUUCACUCCCAUGCUUCUGCAUAGGCUCAUCAGCUGUCUAGUGGUUGUGGCCUACCACAUUUACCAUAAGGAAAUGAUGUCACAAAACAACCUUCUGGCUGCCUGCUUUUCCAAACUGAUGACAGACAACAUCCUUCCUAAUGCUAAGAAUGUAAAAGGCUUCCUGUUUAGGCAGCCAGACUGUGCAGUUGUGGCUGUGAACUACUUAAAGAAGAGCUAUGAAGUCUAUCAGGCUUACUGCAAAGUCAAUGCAGCCCCCAGAGAGGACCAGACCAUGACCUGCCGACACCUGCUGUGGAUGUUCAGGGAUCUCCAUCUGCUGGACAAUAACCUGACCACAGCGAGAUUGCUGCAGGUCAUCACUGCAGAGAGCCGUGACCACAGAAACCUGUCCUCCUGUCUGGAUCUGGAGAUUACAUUCCUGGAGUUUUUUGAGGUACUGCUGGGCUCUGCUGAGGUGAAGUGUCAGCCUGUUUCUGAAGACCUGGAGCUGAAGGGUCAGCCUGUUUAUGAAGACCUGGAGGUGAAGGGUCAGCCUGUUUCUGAAGGCCUGGAGGAGGGCCAGUCACCGUCCAGCCCUGACACUGAAGCCAGGAGGGAUCUCCCUGAGGUUGAGGCCAGCGAGAACAUCUUCCAGACUCUAAACAGCCCUUCCCAGUCGGUGGCAGCUCCAGUGAAUUCCCCCAUCACUCCUGAAAUCUCCAGCUCCAAGUCAAUGGAGACAAGGGACAAAGCAGGACUAGCCACUGCUCAAGAGGUGGAGAGUCAACAAGACGACAAGACUAAAAUCAACAAGAAACCUCAGGCAGCAGUUAAGUCCAGUCAUGGUGGUGGUGAUGAGGAGGAAAAUGAUGAAGCAGAGGAGAACAGGCAGGAGGAGUAUGAAGCAGGAGGAACCAGCAAAGAUACAGUGAAAGAGCACACAGGUGAAGGCAAGAGCGUUCUAACCGGAGGAAUGGAGGCCAAAGACAUGGAGCUCUGGAACCAGACGAUCCAUCAAUUCUUUAACCACUUUUUCUUCCCGGCUUUUGAACAUAACCAGCUAGUAUCCAAAAACAGUAAAGAGGAAAAGCUCUGCCAGGAGGCGGAGAGAUGCAUCGCUCUGGCCAAGGCCCAACAAAGAACCAGCCAAUAAUACAGUUGUAGCCAUUCUCAGCUAAAAUGUAUCUUUUUGUUGAGUCAGUUUGCAGUAUGAAUGUAGUCAAUGUUUUAGUUAUUAUGUACUGUAUUAUUACUCAUUAGGAUUUAACCAGGUACAACAGCAGUGGCGGCACUCAAUUUAAUAUUCAUUUAUAGUAUGUAUUGUGAAUUUAUGGUGUUGAAAUAGUCAGAGGAUACUAUUGUAGGGGCUUAAAGAUUUGACUGACCAGUUUUGAAGUAAGAAAUUAAAGCCAAGCAUCUACAUAAACAGCCACUAGAUGGCAUCUUAUCACUUUCCAUACCUGCGGCUCCCAUUCCAGUAUUAUCCCCGUCUUGCAUGUAAACCAUCUUCAACCCAAGUCCCAAGUCAUCCUACUGCUUCUGUACUAAUAUUAAUGUGCCAUAGACCUGUGUAGUGCUCAGUGUUGUACUGUAUUGGGUUACAGGGAAUAAGGAGGCUGGUAAAUGUCACAAGAUGCAGCUUAGAAACACGAUAAAGCCAACUGUUCUGUACCGAACUAUCCACGCAGUCCAAACAUAAAAACAAAAUGCCUAAAGCCUUCAAGUAC